AUGGAGGAACACUCUCCUGGGGAAUGCGGGAAAACUGUCCUGGGGAAUGGAGGAACUCUCCUUGGGAAGGUGGGAACACUGUCCUGCGGAACGGAGGAACACUGUCCUCGGGAACGGACGAACGCUGACCUGGGGAAUGGACGAACACUCUCCUGGGGAAUGCGGGAACACUGCCCUGGGGAAUGGAAGAAAACUGCCGUUUUUGGUGGCCUGGUUUGGAUCCUUGUGGCUUCUGCUCGCGUUGCAUUUCCACCGGACCAAGGCUGGGUGAUGUUUGUUUCAGUUUUCUGCUUCGUGAUCACUACAUUGCUGCUCAUCCUCUACACAGCUGGAGUUCAGAACAGUUCAACUGCUUGGAUGGCAGUGGACGUCUUCUACCAUUUCAUUGCUGCAGUGUUUUAUUUAAGUUGUGCUGUACUGGAGGCUAGUGACACAAGAUUUCGUUUUAUCUUUCUGAAUCAAGUGCUCAAAAUCAACAUUGCUGCUUCAGUCUUUGCAUUUGUGGCCACCUUACUUUAUACGAUACAUGCGGUAAUGUCAAUACUGAGAUGGAAGAACUCCUCAUGAAUGCCAGGACAAGAAGCAAAUGUCAUUGAAUCAGAAGAUUUACUCCUUCCCAAACUUACUGAUGUUGUUCUUUCCUUAUUGUUGUUUUACAUCAAUUCUCAUUGCAACUGGUAACUAUCAUAUUUACACAUAACCAUGAUGCACAGAGGAGCUAACAAUACCUUGAAAUGUAUUUAAUAUUUAAAGGUUGGAGUACUGAAAGCUCCAAAGGACUGUGGCAGUCUGGAACUCCUUCCAUGAAGUAAAUCAAGCUUUAGUCUCAAACUAAAUUUUAGAUUUGUGUUUUUGGGGUAAGGGUAUUUUAAAGGCUCCAGAAUGAAGUCAGGUUGAUGGUUUAAGCUAUAGAUACAGGUCAUCCAUGACCUAAUUGAUGGACAAGCUGAACCUCUGUUCCCUUAUCCCGUGGUCAGCUCUAUAUUUUUAUGCCAAUGUUUACUGAACCAUUUGAAGGACUGAGACCCUGCAAGCAGAUAAUUUUUAUUUUAAAACAAGUGGAUCCAGAAUCUUUAAUCACAUGGAGAAUUUCUCUCGGGUUACAAAUUGAGUGAGUGGAUAAUUCUCUUACCUCACGCAUGUGUUGGGUGGGGGAAGGAAGCUGUGUUUUUUUUCUAAACCAAGAAAAAUGGGGGGGCAAUGUCGGGCUAACUUGGGAGGAAAAAUAAGGGAGAUGAGUCACAAUCCCAGAAAGGAACAUGUUGGUCUUCUGCUCUACUUUAAAUAGAAUCUAUAAUGCUGCUUGAGUGCUAUGAAAUUCACUCCAUCCAAAUUCUCCUCUUCUUGUUGAAUAUUUUAUACAGCAGUUUGUUUCAAAACUCAUUUUGAGUCAUUUAUCCUUUCAUUUAUAGUAAUCCUCACAUUUCUGAUUUUUCAAAAAAUCAGUGGGUCUAAUUUGUUUGAAUCUCAAUUUAAAAUUUUGCCAUUUUGUACUUUGGUAUUUUGGCUGCAAUAUUAUUUUACUUUAUUGAUGCUCUUUUUAAAAGCCUUGCUGUUGACUGUAUAAAGCAACUUUGUGGUUUUUACCUCGUUUAAUUUUCCUGUGAAAUAAAUGUAUUGUUAAACAUUUGGUUAUUUUACCUGCUCUUCCACAAUGGUUUAGUUUGAAAUAUUUUUAAAAAUAAAAUUCAGCUUCUAUGGC